GCGUGCGCGGCGGCAUGGGGAGCCCGGCGGCGGCGGGCUGGGGCGCGGCUCCCGCCAGGCGCCCGCGGCUCGAGGCUUCCCGCGGCGGCGCGGCCGACAGCGACCCGCGCCUGUGGGACACGGAGCGGCUCUGCCAGCACCUCUUGUGCUGCGGCGUGGGCGGACCCGGGCUGCUGCGCCGCUUCCGAGAGAACGGCGUCACCGGGAGCGCGCUGCUGGACCUGCCGGCCUGCGGCCUCGAGGCCGCGGGCGUCUGCCUCCCAGCUGAGAGACUGGAAGUGCUGGCCUGCCUGAACAAAGUGAGACAGCAGCACGCCGACAUGAUGAAGGUUUUUAACGAUCCGAUUCAUGGGCACAUUGAAAUACAUCCCCUUCUUGUUUGUAUCAUUGACACACCUCAGUUUCAGCGCCUGAGAUACAUUAAGCAGCUGGGUGGCACUUACUUUGUUUUUCCAGGAGCCUCUCACAACCGCUUUGAGCACUCUAUAGGGGUGGGCUACCUCGCAGGAUGUGUGGUUCGUGCACUGAAGGAGAGACAACCGGAACUGGAUAUAACUCAGCGAGACAUUCUCUGCGUAGAAAUUGCUGGGCUUUGUCAUGAUUUGGGUCAUGGGCCAUUUUCACACAUGUUUGAUGGAAGAUUUAUUCCACUCACUCGUCCAAGUUUGAAGUGGAAGCAUGAAACUGCUUCUGUUGAAAUGUUUGAGCACCUGAUCACUUCCAAUAAACUAGAAGAAGUCAUGAAGUCAUAUGGACUUGUCCUGGAAGAAGAUAUGACCUUCAUCAAGGAACAAAUAGGAGGGCCUAUAGGUGGAGCCACUUGUGAGGCAUCAUGGCCCUACCAUGGUCGACGGAAGGAGAAAAGUUUCCUAUAUGAGAUAGUAGCUAACAAAAAAAAUGGCAUUGAUGUUGACAAAUGGGAUUAUUUUGCAAGGGAUUGCCAUCACUUAGGAAUCCAGAAUAAUUUUGAUUAUAAGCGAUUACUUAAAUUCAUUCGGGUCUGUGAAGUAGAAAACCAGAAGCAUAUCUGUACCCGUGACAAGGAAGUUGGAAAUUUGUAUGAUAUGUUCCACACACGGAAUUGCCUGCAUCGGCGAGCAUACCAGCAUAAGAUUGGCAACAUCAUUGAAAUAAUGAUUACAGAAGCCUUUCAAAAAGCAGACAAAUUUUUUAAAAUAGAAGGCUCUGGAGGAAAACUGUACCAGAUUUCUACAGCAAUGGAGGACAUGGAAGCCUACACUAAGCUAACUGAUAAUAUCUACCUGGAAAUUCUGCACUCAAGUUGUCCAGAACUGAAGGAGGCACGAGAGAUAUUGCAGAAACUAGAACGACGUCAAUUAUACAAGUUCUUAGGAGAGACUCAACCUGAAAAAAUGAUGGAAAUUGUAAAGAAUAACAGCCUGGCAGAAAGCAUUGCUAAUUCCAGGCCAGAAAAGGAUCCUCCAGAUGUGGAGCUAAAGGCCGAAGAUUUCAUAAUUGAUGUUGUCCGUAUGGAUUAUGGAAUGAAAGAACAGAAUCCCAUUGAUAAUGUUCUCUUCUAUUGCAAGGCUGAUCCUUCCAAGGCAGUCAAGAUCAGUAAAGAACAGGUUUCAAAGCUUUUACCCAUGACGUUUGCAGAGCAGAUUAUUCGGGUUUAUUGCAAAAGACAGGAUGCAGAUAUUGUUUCAGCUGCAAAACAAUAUUUUAUUCAGUGGUGUAUAAAAAAGAAUUUCACCAAACCACAGGAUGGUGAUGUGGUUGCCCCUCAUCUAAUUCCAAUGAAGGAAAGCUGGAACAACACGACAGAUGAUGAACACAGGACAGCUUCAGAGCCCAGCUGCAAACAAAGGCUUCCUUUUGAUAAGUAACACUCUUCCUUUUGGCACUGUUCAGUCUGCUUCUUCAGAAGAUGAGUAAACUUGAGCAGCAAUUCUUCUAAAGGCAGUUGGAUGGAAUUUAUGGAACAAUGCAUUUCUGCAUUUUACAACACAGUAUGUUUUAAUGUAGGUGCUUAAAAGAAGUGCAUAUUCCAAGUGAACGUCAGCUGUUACAGCUGAGCAAACUCAGUUCUCAUUUAUUUAUGAAAGUAUUGGCACUGUGUUGCAAGAGAAACUUUAAAAAUGCCAAUUAAUUGUUAUUACAAGAAGUUCUGAAGACAUGUUAUUGGUCCUUCUAGUUCUGAUCCCUUCUUAAGAUAGUUGUGGUGUUGCAUGAGCUAGCAGAAAAACUUGCAGCUCAGGUUUUGGUGUGUCUUGGUUUUGGUUUUUUUCCCCCAGUACCUAGGAAAGAGGGGAGUAAGUAUGUUUCUGAAAAUAUAGUGAGGUAAUCUAACUUUUGAAAUAACCACAGAUGGCAUCUUCAAGAAUAACAAAGUUAACUUCAUUUAAAAAAAUAAAAGGAAGGGAGAGGGGAAUUUUUUUUAAGAACCAAAGAUUACUUUUCUGGCAUUCAAAAAGCUGAUGAAGAUGUGGGCCUCUUGCUAUAAAUGUGACCACAGUUUUUAUUGAUGUAACAAUGCAUUGCAGUGACAUGCAGCCUUUUAUUGUUUUAUAGUGUAUUUUUGAUACAUUUAAUGUUUUAUUUUUUACUGACUGAACUGCAAAACGUCCAUUGUUUGAGUGCUGGCAGGAAAGCAGAGUGACCCGAAUGUUUGUCAAGGCAGGUGGACGUGCGCACAGGUUUUGGUGCAGUGAGUGAGUCCCUGCUGGAUGCUGCACUGGCUCUUUGCACUGAGUGCACCUUGUUUUCUGCAUCACACUGUAAUAGGUAGACAGGCUCCUCAGGAAUUCUGCCAUCCUUGUAUCCCUUCCCUGUUUCUCUUGGACCUCUGAUGGCUGUUUCUGCGUAAUUUUUCUCUCCCUUGUAGAACUAUAAGGGUUCUUAGAUUCUUCCCUUGCUGGCAGUACUAGUGUGAGUUUUGCUAAGUGUCUGUCCAGUUGAAAAGGUGAAUGAGGAAGACCUUCCUCUCCUCUUUUACUUGGGUCUAAGAGGAAGGCUGCUUUCAUUGAAUAAAACCUAAAAGCUUGAAAAAGCCUGCCCAGAAAGCGAAAAAUGCAAAGCAAAAGGUGCAGUAAUGCUCAGAAAUUGGAUUGAGCUUUGGGGGUUUAUAUGUGGGGUGGGGAAAGAAGAGUUGGGUGUGCGGUUUUGCCAGCCAGGCAUAGGUAACCACGUUAGUUCCUGGAAGCUGGCACAGCAGGAACUCCCUCUGGCCGACCUGCAGGACUCUUCAUAACUGAUGGCAUUUCUUCUCCCUCUGUUGUGGGAAUGGAUAGCUAUCAGGCAGAGGGAAGGAGUACACCUGUACUCACUCAGAUUUAAUUUGUUGAAGUCACCAGAAGUUGUUUUGCGCUCUGCUGCUUUCUUACGUACCUGUGCUCGUGCAUCUAAAGGUGAUGUGGUGCAACCUCUGCUGUUCAUGUCUUUAAGAGUAUUUCCUAUCAGCAGGUGUGCCAGGUAACUGUUAGAAGGGGUUGUGACCUCUAAAGGCUUUUGAAGAACUUAUUAUGCUUCAAGAAACAGUAUCAUAGAGUGAAGGCAUUUGUUUCCCUUAUAUGCAUAAAAUCAAGUAUUGUUCAGAAUAAUUAAUUUUGUUAUUGUUGCUUGUGUUUUGAACUGUUAUAAAAGGUGCACUUUAUACUUGGGAAAUAUGCUUUGCUUACGUUUAAGCAAAAAUUCAUACUUAAUGUUAAGUUCUGAGACAGAGUGUUUCUUUUUCUCAGAUGUGUUAAUCUGAGCCUCUCUGGACUAAGAUUAAAUUUAUAAACAGUUAUUUUACUAUUCUUUUAAGGAA